GUUCACAAAUCCACAACAUUACAAGCGACGCUACCCUGCGAGUCUCUUAAGUAGAAAUUAUGGCGGACUUCCCCAAAACCGUAGAGGAAAUUUUUGACGACUUCCAGCGCAGGCGCACAGGACUACUAAAAGCUCUCACAGACGACUUGGAAGAGCUCUACCAACAAGCGGAUCCAGAGAAGGACAACCUGUGCCUAUAUGGCACUCGCGAGGGAACGUGGAGCGUAGAGCUGCCAGCCGAGGAGGUGCCGCCGGAGCUGCCGGAGCCGUGCCUAGGGAUAAACUUUGCUCGUGAUGGCAUGCAGAAGCGCGACUGGGUCGCUCUGGUGGCGGUUCACUCGGACUCAUGGCUGCUCGCGGUCGCCUUCUUCUAUGCUGUAAAGCUUGAUGCCGCGGGAAGGCUGCGUCUCUUCAAGCUUAUCAACCAGCACCAGACCCUGUUCGAGAGCGUGUCUCAGCGGAAUAAAUACAAAAACGCGGCACCGCCGGCCUCCGGGACGGCAGGACCGGUGGUGAAAAGGAAGAAGUUUGACGAGGGGAGGCCCACGGAGAGCAAGUACCCGUCCGGGCGGCUUCUCAAAGCGGACGACGUGUCGCCGGCGCUGAAGGGGCGGGCAGCCGAGCUCUUCUGGCCCGACAACCAGCUGUGGUACCUGGUGGAGAUAAUCAGCGUCAACGCAAAGACAAAACAGGCCAAGAUCGUGUACGCGAGUGGCGAGGAGGAGGACCUCGACCUAGCAGAAAUCGUGCGCGAGGGGCAUAUGGCAUUGCUGUGAGGCACUGCAGCUGUCCUUGGUCUGGGCUUGGGGAGAAGCUUGGGAACGGGUAAUCAAGCAUUUUCUGGCAUUGCAGUAGUGGGGUUGCGCGUUGUGGAUAAUGCUCUCCAUUCUGGUGACACGCGCUUGAAUGCGGCGCGGUCCAUACAGGGGGUACACUGUGUUUCUAUAGUGUUUGUGAUUGUGGUGUGGAUAUGAGCGGAUGGCGCGACUUGAACAUGACACUACCAUCAGCCUGGACCCAGACUGGCUGACGGCUCCACGGCAGCCAACAGCCACCACAAGCUGCGCAGCCAAUGCCAACGGCUUAAAAGCCUGACCUGAGAGCGAGAGCGAGAAUGACCUGCGGUCCUCUCAUGACGUUCCUGUACCAUGUUACUAUUGACGAUAUGUGCGUUUGGGCCGCCUUUACUGCGUGUAGGUAAGGCGGUUUCAGGUAGAUGAGUGGUGGAGCCGGGAUACUGGCUCGCAAGAUAGGAACUUUAGAUAUGUGUGUUGCUUCAGACUUAAAGGGCAUUAGCCAACCCCGGUGUUACCCCGCAAAAUGAUUCUGCAUGCACCAAUUGUACUUGUUGGACGUAUAAGGAGGUGGCGGGCGUAAGUGUGCGGCAUUAAAGCCCAUUAGGUGCCAUGCUUCCAUGUGUACUGGGAUAGCACGACGCUAGUGGGAUCACGUGGCCUUUUUACCACCGACAGUGCGUAUGGCAGAUUGUAUGGCACUGUGUGUAACGUCCAUUGUGUAGCCCAGUACUGUUUCCACUGUUACUACGACCGAGGGCGCUGAUGGCACUGGCGGCAUGGAGUCCAGGUGACGCUGUAAUGGAGACCUGAUUCGGCGGCAUGCGUAGCCUCCUCUUUGACGUGCACGGACGUCUAUCGAACAUGGGAUGCUGUUCAACGUGUAUUGAAUGAUGCAAGCUGGCUGGCGCUGGCAUUGCCUGCCGCUGGCUGCACUGUCCAGGAAAAACACUGGCGGCUC